UUAAUUAUUUGAAAAUUAUUCAAUUGAAGAUCUAAUUAGUAAUUUUUAAUUCAUCUUACUCGAUCGUUUCGUUCCUUUACGUACAGUGUUUGCAUUUAUUUCGUGUUUCAAGAGUAUAAAAUUUACGUCCAGUGUAAGUCAUUCAAGACUACUUUGUAAAAUAGUGUCCAAUGAACUGAACAAUAUUGGAAAUAAUUAUUUAAGAAACACUGUUUACAAGUUACACGAGUGCGGGCCAAUUUGUUGUCGAGCUUCAAGGCAACUUCCUAGUCUGUUCCUCUAAUGUUUAUCAUCUUUUAGAAAUUCGCCUAUUUUAGUACUUAUUAUUUUAGAUUUUUUAUUAAAUUAUUAUUAUAAAGUGCAAUCAUGUCCCUUUACAAGUACAUCGGAACCGUACACAAACUUUCAAUGCAGAAACACAUGAAUAGAAUAGGACGAAUGGCAUGGAGGAGCUUUCAGAGCGAUGUACAGAAUAAACACUUUAAACCUAAAGUAGUCCAGAAUGUUAUGGUUUUAACUUUCGAUACCCCAAAUGCUAAGGUAAAUUCUUUAAACCAAGAAGUAAUGGAUGAAGUAGUAACAAUGCUCAGAAAGGUCGAAAGUGACCCGAGCAUCAAAGGUGCUGUUCUUAUAUCUGGAAAACCAGGCUGUUUCAUCGCCGGAGCUGAUAUCUCCAUGUUAGAAAAAUUCAAAACAGCCGAAGAAGUACAACAGGUUUCCAAAAAUGGGCAAGAAGUAUUAUUCAAUAUAGAAAAUUCCACUAAACCUAUCGUAGCUGCUAUUCAAGGCUCUUGUCUUGGUGGUGGUUUAGAAGUAGCCAUGGCUUGUAAAUAUCGUAUCGCUGUCAAUGACCGUAAAACAGUAUUGGCUUUGCCGGAAGUCAUGUUGGGAUUAUUGCCUGGUGCCGGAGGCACUCAAAGAUUACCGAAAUUGACUUCGGUACCCGAUGCGUUAGAUCUGGCAUUAACGGGAAAAAAUGUAAACGCCAAUAAAGCGAGAAAAAUAGGAUUGGUUGAUCAAUUAGUAGAUCCUUUAGGCCCCGGACUUACCACACCCGAGCAAAGAACACGCGAAUACUUAGAAGAAAUAGCUAUUCAAGCUGCUGUUCAGUUAGCCGAUGGUGGCUUGAAACCAAAUAGGCAAACGAAAGGCUUAGUGAAUAAAAUUAUCAAUUUCGCUUUGAAGUACGAAUUCGCCCGAAAUUACAUAUUCGGCAAAGCUCGCGAGAAAGUUAUGAAAAUGUCUCAAGGACUUUACCCAGCUCCUUUAAGAAUAAUCGAUGUUAUAAAAACCGGAGUCGAAAAAGGACAAAGAGAAGGAUACAUCGCCGAAUACACCGCUUUCGGUGAAUUAUCCCAGACACCGCAGAGCAAAGGAUUAAUAGGCUUAUUUAGAGGACAAACUGAAUGCAAAAAAAAUCGAUUUGGUGUUCCUCAACAAGAAAUCAAAAAUAUCGGCGUCUUGGGAGCCGGUUUGAUGGGAGCUGGUAUUGUUCAAGUAUCGAUCGACAAGGGAUACAAUGUUAUUUUAAAAGAUGCUGCGGAACCCGGAUUAAUACGAGGAGUUACGCAAAUUGAAAAAGGUUUAAUAAACGCUGUAAAAAGGAAGAAGUUAACAGACAUUGAAAAGGAUCGUUAUUUAGCUGGCUUAGACGCUACGUUGUCAUAUGAUGGUUUUAAAAAGGCUGAUAUUGUUAUCGAAGCUGUUUUCGAAGACAUUAAUAUUAAACAUAAAGUUAUCAAGGAAAUAGAAAGUGUGGCACCUCCUCAUUGCAUUAUCGCCACUAACACUAGUGCCAUUCCUAUCACUAAAAUCGCUCAAGGUAGCAGCAGACCAGAAAAGGUCAUCGGCAUGCAUUAUUUCUCUCCGGUAGACAAAAUGCAGCUUUUAGAAAUUAUUACCCAUGAGAAAACUUCUAAAGAUACGGCAGCUGCAGCUGUAGCAGUUGGUUUAAAACAGGGUAAAGUUGUAAUAGUCGUGAAAGACGGGCCUGGAUUCUAUACUACGAGAAUAUUGGCAGCUAUGAUGACGGAAAGUGGCCGUAUUUUACAAGAAGGCGUUAAUCCGAAAGAUAUCGACAAAAUUAUGAAAAAAUUCGGAUUCCCUGUUGGACCAGCUACGUUAGCUGAUGAAGUUGGUAUCGAUGUAGGAACCCAUAUCGGAAUAGAUCUCAGUAAUACGUUCGGAGAACGAUUUGCUGGAAUGAAUGUUGAAGCCCAAAAAGAAUUUGUUGCGAAAGGAUUUUUAGGUCGCAAGUCAGGCAAAGGUAACUUCCUCUAUAAGGCGAACACCAAAAAUAAAGACAUCAAUCCUGGCGCCUUAGCAAUUUAUCAGAAAUUUAAACUGGAACCGAAAGGUGCUCAAUCAGAAGAAGAUUUACAAUUGAGAAUGGUUUCGAGAUUCGUUAACGAAGCUGUGCUAUGUUUACAAGAAGGAAUUCUAAACGGACCUGUUGAGGGAGAUGUUGGAGCUGUAUUUGGAUUAGGUUUCCCACCUUUCUCUGGUGGUCCAUUCAGAUGGUUGGAUUAUUAUGGAGCUGACAAAUUGGUGUCGAAAAUGUCUGUCUACUAUGACUUGUACGGUCUUCCCUUCCAACCUUGCCAGUUGCUGUUGGACUACAGUAAAGACAGCUCUAAGAAAUUCUAUCCUUCGUAAUAUGAGCGAUAUAGGCGAAAGUAAUCAGUUUCAUUUCGUAUGAAAAUCAUGGUCGAGUGAUAUUUUCGAAUUUCAUUUUAGUUUGUGAUUUGUUCAUGUUUAAUUUCUACGUAUUCUACCGUAUUUUUCUUUUGUACCGAUGAUGUGUCUUGUAUUUGAUGUACAUAGUUAAUUUAUUUUAAUAGUUCAGGGUUUAUUUAUCUCAAUGUAUCUUAUACCUUUUUUUUAUGGCAGAAUGUUAACCGGUCUUUCCUUAUUUUAGGGGUAUUUUGAAGUCUGAUUAAAAAUAUUUUCUAUUAAAGUCUAUUCAAUUGCUGGAAUUCAACUCGAAUAAAUAUUUUUGUCUAUUGUUA